CUGUGUUGAUGUGUGACUGUGUGUGAGUCGGAGGUCUGGACAGAUAACGUCUCCGGCAGAUCACACACAAAAAUCUGUGUUUUUCACAUGUAAGGCGCAUAUGUUGUCUAUACGUAUCGGGGCGUUUGUGUAAGCAGCAGCAGCGGUGAUCUUAGCUCUGGCUCGGACUGUUUUCACUAGCUUAUUCCAGCUCUGUUAGCUCGCUAACUUGACGACAAACGACGACGACGAUGAUGAUGAUGAUGAUGAUGCAUUGGAGGAUUUAUCCCGGUGUCUCUGACUGAGAUGGAGCCAGCGACGCUCAAGUGGACUUGCUUGCUUGCUAGCUAGCUAGCGAGCUAACGGUAUCCGCCGGGAAUCUCCGUUUUACCGGAGCAGACCCCUGGAUAACAUUAGCUUAAAUGGGCGCAGCUGCAGUUUUAUGGCAUACGGUUUGUUGUAACGUUAUCAGACGUUUCCAGCAGCGUCCCCAGAUUUCAUAGAUAUAUACUACUAACCAUGUCCACUAGCAAAAUUCGCUAGCUAAACCAUUUAGGUUAGCUACACGUGACAUAAUUUAUCUCCGCUCCAGCUAUUAGCUCCGUUUUUUGGUGUCCGUCCUUCGAUGCUUCACUGACAUUAACUGGACGGUGUGUUUCAGGAUGGCACAGCUCUUGGACGGGGCCGGCAAACUGGGCUGGGUUCUGCUCAAGUCUGUGCUCCGUUUUGUGUUUAUGUUCUUCAAUAACUGUGUAGCCAUCCCAUCCUACUGCUUAUACCUGCUCCUUCUCCAACCACUGAGAAUAUGGGACACUUCCACAUUCUGGCACAUUGAAGGAGUCAUGUUUAAAUGGUUGUUGGCCAUGGUGUCUUCGUGGGGCUGGAUUGCAGGUUAUACAGUAACAGAAUGGGGUGACGACGUACGGCCGAUCUCUGAAGAGGAAGCCAUGGUCAUCGUCAACCACCAAUCCACAGGAGACGUGUGUACCCUCAUGAUGUGCCUGCAAGACAAGGGCACGGUGGUACGAAAAAUGAUGUGGUUGAUGGACCAUGUGUUCAAAUACACCAACUUUGGCCUAGUUUCCCUGAUCCACGGGGACUUCUUCAUCAGACAGGGUAAAGCUCACCGAGACAAGCAGCUGGUCUACCUGAAGGAUCACCUAGACAAAUACUACCACAGCCGGGACAGGAAGUGGAUAGUGCUUUUCCCUGAAGGCGGUUUCCUGCGAAAGCGGCGGGAAACCAGUCAGUUGUUCGCCAAGAAACACUCUCUCCCCCACCUGACCCAUGUCACAUUGCCUCGUCUCGGGGCCACCCACAUUAUCCUGAAGACCCUGUCAGCCCAGCAGGAGAACGGCAGCGUGGGAGGCGAGGCUGGGACCCUGAACCAGACAGGUAUUAAGCGUAAAGGUCUGCAGUGGGUGGUGGACGUGACUAUAGCCUACCCUAAGGCGAGGCCCAUGGACAUCCAGACCUGGAUCUUCGGCUACAGGCCUCCCACAGUCACACAUGUACACUACAGGAUGUACCCGAUAAAGGAGGUUCCUGUGGAGGCAGAGGCCCUGACUGACUGGCUCUAUCAGAGGUUUGUGGAGAAAGAGGAACUGCUGGCCCACUUUUAUGACACAGGAGCGUUUCCUCCACUGCCAGGACAGAAGGAGGCAGUUUCCCGGCAGAUGACCCUCGACCCGGUGUGGCUGUGCGUUAUCCAGUCGUUCGCGUUCGUCUCCGGCUACAUGUGGUACAGCGUCCUCCAGUACCUCUACUGCUGUUUAUUUUGAGUGCGCUGAUGAGGCGGAAGUCUUUAUCAGACAUUUGGAAAUGCCUCAGGAUCAGUUGGUGUGUGGCCCAGCGUCAUACUUGCCCACGAUGGAUGAAUGUACAUUGACAUAAAAAUAAAAAAAAAAAGGCGGAGAGACUCGACAGGAAACGCAGAAGAAAAAAAAAAUUCCGAAGAUGUAAAACACAGAUUUACAGAAAACCCAUACAAUAUGAACGUGGUCACACAGGCAUAGUUAACUUUGACACAACUCUUAACACCACACACUCGCUCCAGCAGCCUAGCAGAAUAAUCUCCCGCACUCGUCACGACUCACAUGUUGAUGUUUACACGUCCUCAUACACGUAGACGCUCACAUAAUGUUUUUAUUCCGAGUUAACGACGUGAGGCUCAGGACUCCUUCCAGAAGACGUUCUGGACCGGACCCUCUUCCCCCCCCAGGCUUUAGCCGUAGUAGUUUUACAGAGUUUAAAGAGUGUGUAUAUGUGGACAUGUAUGAGUGAAUAAUAAUGUAUGACUAGAAGCAUAUUGUCUGCCCUUCUUCUUCUUCUUCUACUUCUACUUCUUCUUCUUCCUGGUGAGAGUUGAUGAAGCCCACUGGACCUCUGGCCACCCCGUCCGGAGGCGGCGGCCGUAUGAACGCUGAGGCUCCGCAGCCAGCUGCUCCUCUGGCUGUCAUUGCACUAAGGAUCCAUACUGCCCUAACUGCCCCCCCUCCCCCUCCUGAACGGUGGCUCUUAAGUCUUUUCAUUUCUCUUCUUCUUCUUCUUUUCUCCCCUUAACCUGCAUAUCUCCACAACAACGACCACCACGUUUUGUCGUUGACGUCUUUUGUCGUCCGAACUUUAUUUUCUCGUCUAUUUUUUUUUUUUUUUUUCCCCCUCCUCCUGUGUUCGCCCAACUGUCGAGGCAGAGAGAGUUGGAAUCAUGUUUACACUGGCUCCGCUGCUGAAGGCCCAUAACGCCUGAUGGAAAAAUAAAAAGCGGGAUGUGAAAAAGUUAACGAAAAAGAAAAAAAAAUGGGGCAGAAGUUGCCGUCUGAUCACCUGAAAAGUGAUCCCUCUUUGUGGAUUCCCUUUCACCUUUCGCUACACACACACACACACACCUGCACACACACCGCCAUGUGCAGCUACACGAAGCAGAGCUGGCGUGGAGUCGAGGAUCAUCUCAGCGGGCCAGGCUGAGAACCGAGAAGGCAGAGACUCUUCUUUCCCCAUCGGACUACAUUGUUUUACAAAUAUUUAAGCCAUAUGCUUAGUGUUGUCAGGGUGGGAAAAUGACAUCAAAUAUGAUUUUUAUAGGAAGCUACCCUAAUGUUCAGCAUUAAAAUAGAGAUUUUGGCUUACAGAACUAUAGGUGUCAUUACUGUAAAUUUACAGCAUAACCUGCCUAAGUGAGUGUGUGGUUGUCUUUUCCCCCCAUUUUUGAUAUUCUAUGAUUAAUGUCGUGUUGCUCUGUGACGUCAGAGUUCGGCGGCAGUUUCACCAACGAGUGGUCCGAUUUUAUUUCAUUUUAAAUGACAUAAACUGUCGUCCUCAUGUCAUGGUAUGUUUAAUCUUGUACAUAAAGAAGCCGAGGAGGAGUUUUUCAUUGUUGGAAAUGACUUGGUCCGUGAUAUUUCAGAGAAUUUUAGUUUCUAAUAUCUUGAAUGUUUUAAGAAAAAAAAAAAGACGAAAGAAAGGAUUUUUCCCUUCACUUCCAGUGUUAAACCCCUGUAUUCUUUUUUCUCAUCGAGCCCCUUCACCAGGGUAUUAUUGUGUUACUUCACGAUAUAAAAGCUUCGUACCCAGUUUCAGACUUGUACCAUUUGACACCAUAAAUCAUUAAAAAUGCUGUUAAGGAUCCGGUGGAAAACCUCGCCUCUCAAGCCUUACCUGAUGUCACGGUGGUUUUAAGGUCCAGAGCUGGUUUCAAGGGGUCGAGCUGAAACUGGGUGAGAGAGAAGAAACCAGUCGUUCUUCACUUUAACGGAGGGAAACCUGACAGAGCUCUGCUACGAGGCAGCUGUUUUGUCCCGAAUGUACUCAUAGUGUUUUUGAGGUUAAUUAUACGUCAUUUGCUCGGCCUGCUUUAAAUAAUACUCAGAAAACCGCAACAGUUUUCACAGAGUAACGCAAAAAAAAAGUUUAACGACGACCUGACCGGGUGGGUUAUGUGUCCACGACUCUUUCAGAUUUCCCUCCGUCGUGAGAAUGACGUAAAAGAAGCAUCGUGUUUUCCUUUCCUCAUUUUCUACACGUUUAAUUUUACCUUUUUUUUUUCCAAAGAAGGCAGGGAAAUAAUGUUUUCCUAGAUGUGGUUUUAGGAAAUAAACACCAUAGGGAUUUAAACAAAUUAUACUAGAACUGUCUGUAAUUUUCCAUUUUGUACUUCUCCUUUAAUUCCUAGCUACACAGCCAUUUUACAACACAAAGAACUUGUGCUGGAAUAAAACAUCAUAAAGAUC